AUGAAACAGGUUAAAACCAUAUUGAAAGGUAUCAUAGACUCCACACCAAUACCUACACCUUCUAGACUAUCCAUUCACGAUCACGUGUUCCAGUCACUUUCAGACCUCCUAGAUCCCUCAUCAUUUGAAUCACAGAUAAAUAAUGUCAUUAAAACUGCCAUAUAUCUAGCAUUCUACGGCUUUCUCCGGCCUAGAGAAUUCACCACCACUAACACUAACUCCCCUGACUUCAUCACAAGAGCACAUCUGGAAGGAAAAUCAAGACGGAAGUCAAGACGGAAAUCAAGACAGAAAUCAAGACAGAGAGCAACGUUUAAAAUUCGUAAGAAAUCGAUAAAAUCCAAACGCAGGCGGACAAAAUCCAAACGCAGACGGAAGAGCUCCCGCCGCGCGACCAGACAGUUGUCAGGGAAUAAAGAAAAACAAAUAAAAACAAUGUCAAUGGAUUUACGGACAGAAAAACCUUUCCUUCCAAACCAGACUACAGCACCGGAAAGAACAUCAGAACCAACAUUGGAGAUCAAAGAGGCCACUAAAGAAGAGACUACAGCACCGGAAAGAACAUCAAAACCAACAUUGGAGAUCACAGAGGCUACUAAAGAAGAGACUACAGCACCGGAAAGAACAUCAGAACCAACAUUGGAGAUCAAAGAGGCUACUAAAGAAGAGACUGCAGCACCCGAAGGAACAUCAGAACCAACAUUGGAGAUCACAGAGGCUACUAAAGAAGAGACUGCAGCACCCGAUGGAACAUCAGAACCAACAUUGGAGAUCACAGAGGCUUCUAAAGAAGAGACUACAGCACCGGAAAGAACAUCAGAACCAACAUUGGAGAUCAACGAGGCUACUAAAGAAGAGACUACAGCACCGGAAAGAACAUCAGAACCAACAUUGGAGAUCAAAGAGGCUACUAAAGAAGAGACCACAGCACCGAAAAGAACAUCAGAACCAACAUUGGAGAUCAUAGAGUCUACUAAAGAAGAGACUACAGCACCGGAAAGAACAUCAGAACCAACAUUGGAGAUCAACGAGGCUACUAAAGAAGAGACUACAGCACCGGAAAGAACAUUAGAACCAACAUUGGAGAUCAAAGAGGCUACCAAAGAAGAGCCUAUAUCAAAACCAAGACUGGAAACAGAAAGUUCCACUAUAGUAAAGACUACAGCACCGGAAAGAACAUCAGAACUAACAUUGGAGAUCAAAGAGGCUACUAAAGAAGAGAUUACAGCACCGGAAAGAACAUCAGAACCAACAUUGGAGAUCAAAGAGGCUACUAAAGAAGAGGUAACAGACUAA